ACCCUCUUCAACUGAGUGUACUUUGUCCUCCUCGUUAGCAGCUGAACUCCACAAUGAAAAGUACCACUCUCAUACUGCUUUUUUUGGUCAUCUUUGGAAUGACUGCCACACUGUGUGCAGGGCGGGUAGGGGGACAAGGAGAGCGCUGUUUGUGCAGAGGGAAGAUCCAGAAACGUGUGAGACUUCAAAGUGUCAAGACGAUUGAGCGAUUCUACCCAACUGCCUCUUGUUCAAAGACCGAGAUAUUAAUCUCACUGAAGAGAGGAAGGAGAGUCUGUCUGGAUCCAGAUGCAAAACAAGGAAAGAAUAUUCUAAAGGGCAAAAUGCAAAUGAAGCUCAAAUCGCAAGGAGGUGGGAAGAAGCAGUGAGACCAUAAUACACAUGCAGGGGCAUUCCACCAACAGGGUACUGUUUAGUCCCUCAUCCAGUUUCAAAGAACAUAUACACAGAUUAUAUGUUUUUACGCAUUUAAAAUAAAUCUAAAAUAUGGGUGUUUCAAAUUUCUUUACACUGUGAAAACAUUCAUGCAUUAUUUUAAGUAGCAAUAACAACUGCACAGGUUUUGACAUGUAAUGUGCGACCAUGUUAGCACCACCUACUAAUCUGCUAAAUGAGGAGGAAAACCUAUAAGUCACAUGAUAAACAGCAAAUCAUCAAGACCUUUCAUAGCAACACAAUCCACCCCACUCCUCAGGGUAUAAGGAUCAGUAACAGGACUGAACACACAUUAAAACAUUAUAGGCAAAAAAGUACUCUAUUUGUGGAAUGUCUCAGCAUUCAGGCCUACCCUGCAUUGUUACAACAAAUGUCAAAAGCCCAUUGUUUGCUCUCUGUAAUCUGGGGUUAAUGCGCAUUUUGAUCUUUUGUUUUCUCACUGCUGUAUCACAUGGGGUUACUUAGCCUUUGCCCAAUAACUGCUUCAUGUAUGAUCAUUCAAUCAACUGACAUUAAGGUUUAGCUUUGUUGCACAGGACUUUUUGUCUGUGUGACAACAUUUACAGCUUGAUUGUUGCACUAUUUAAUCAACUUUUUUCUCAUUUCUUCAAUAACAAUCACCAAUAGUGUGAACUGAAUGAGAAAAUAAAAUGAACUUCAUAUAUUUCAGCCAGCAUGCAUAAAAAGUCUCCCUCCUCUUUUUUUGUAGGUUAUGCAAGUGGUGUUUCUGUAUUCAGUUUUCCACAAAAAAUAAAUCUGGGCUAUAAUUAGACUUGCUUAUUCUAUCCCAUCUCAACCCAACCCAUAAUGCACAUUUACUAGUAGGACGUUUGGUUGCUUUGAUUAUCUUAAUAAGUAAUUGAACGUUCAGCCAUCAACAUGUAAACAGAAGAAAUACUUCAUGUACCUAUGAUAUAAUUGUUGCUAUUAAAUGAACAUGAGCCAAUUAAAGGGAAAUUUCACCUUUA